UGCUGAAAUAUGCUAUGCCUUCAUGUUACUGAUGGUGACAAUGUUUUGUCUGUCAAAAACAGAAAUUAUCACAGAAAUUAUCCAGGAAGAUGAAGUUCCAGUAAAAAACAUUAGUCGGAGACAAGCAGUAUAUCGUAAGGAAAACAAACCUACAUACAGUGACAAUGGAAUAUAUGACACUUCUACAAGUAAAUAUGGCGAUUCCACUAACGAAUGGAAUAGCAUGAAUGGUUAUGGAAACUCUUUCGGAGGAAAAUUCAGCACAAAAGGGGUAGGACUUGGUAACAGUGCCUUUGGUAAUGGAGGAAAAGGGGGAUUUGGAUAUAAUGGAAACGGGUUUGGGGGAUUUAGUGGAACAAAUUCUGUUAGGUUUCAAGGAGGAAUUGGACCUAACAGUUUUAAUGGAAGAUUUGGACCAAGUGGUUUUAGUGGAGGAUUUGGGCCUGUUGAUUUCAGAGGAGGAUUUGGAAAUGGUGGUUUCAGAGGAGGAUUUGGACAUGGCGGUUUUAGGGGAGGAUUUGGGAAUAGUGGUUUCAGGGGAGGAUUUGGGCAAGGUGGGUUUGGAAUGGUACCUUCCUUUCACAGCGGUUUACGAAAUAGCAUUGGAAGUGGUUUUGGUAAAGGGAGUUUAGUUAUCUUAUUGGCCCUUAUCGCUCCUUUAGCUAUUCUGGCUAUCUUAGGGCCAAUUAUUGCUAGCCAGCUGGUGGUGCCUACGACCUUGCUAACCACUACUGUUAAUGGUAGAAGACGUAGAGAUGCAGGUCUUCGAUUGCCAUUCUCUGAGGAGGUAGCUACUUCAGAAAUGAAGCAUCGAGUUGAAAUGUUGCAGGCUCUGCAGUUUUACUUGAAUGAAACAGGAGAAACUCGGAGCUACCAAGAGGACUUAACCGCUAAUUACCUGGCGUGCUCAGGACUGUUGUCGGUGACCAAUCAUUGCCUUGAACGGCUGGCAUGUGAGUUUUCCGUCUCCACCCAGAAGGUAGCAUCGUUAGAAAAUGAAAUUGCAUCUGUGGUUCUCCACACUAUUCUGACAAAUAAAAAAAUUCUCGAAAGCGACAAGUCACGAAUACGAAAGGCAGCCAUCCAUGGCAAAAAGAAGGGCGGAUCUUGCAGAGUCUUCUUCUGUAAGAAUGUAGACGAGAAGUUAAAUAACUCCUAGUUAAAUGUACGAAGUUAGUUACUCUAUAUAAACAUCCUUCUUAAUUUAGUGUAUUAUCAAAUGUUGCUAUUUAUUUAUGAAUGAAUUGUGCAAAACACAUAGUACAAACGAUUGCUCAAAAUGUCUCGUAUUUACAGCCGACCAAAUGCACUUACCAAAACACGUUUGUUUUUAUCAAAACUUUUUCAGUACUAAAAGUUAAAGACGAAGCGAGGUUGUAUGAGUAAUUAAAGUAAUAAGAAAAUCGUUCUAUUAUUUAUACAUUAAAGCUUCGUUUAAAUUCUUAGUGAGCUUGGUAAAUAAACACUGUUAUAUUUAUUUCAGAAUUAAUUAUCUUUGUGAUAGGAAAUUAUUAUACUUAUCUCAGGAAUAAUAAUUGUUUUUUUAGAUCUUAAUGUAUGUUUGUAAUUAUAAUGACCGCUUAUCAUAUCAGUUUCCCAGCGUAAUACUUCAUCAUGUAUAAUGUAUCAUUAAAUGGAAUAUUAUAUAUCGUAUUUUGAAGACAAAGUUUUUUUGGGGGGAAGCUACAGUCGCAUUUGAAA